AUGGCGCCCCUCGACGAGAUCCAUGUCGGCGACCUGGUGAAUGUGCCUGGGGGCAUGUACGGCACGGUCAAAUACCUGGGCGGCGUCUCCGGAAAGCCUGGCAAGUUCGCCGGCAUCGAACUAGCUGCGGAGCAUGCCAGGAGGGGUAAAAACAAUGGCGACGUCGAGGGGAGGAAAUACUUUGUGACGUCCGUGCCAGGCUCCGGGAUUUUUGUGCCCAUGAACAACAACAAGUACGUCACCAAGCGAACCGCCCCGAACUUCUCGUCCUCCACCAUCGGAGGCAAUCCACCCACCCCAUCCUCCUCCCGUCCCGUCAACUUCAGCAAGUCCAUCGGUCCUGGCGUCUCCGCGCCCCGAACUCCCCGGGUGACCGCCCGUCCGUCCCUCCCACGCGCCGAAUCCCCGCGCGGCCCUCCACCCUCCAAGCUCAACCUCACCGGUCUGCGUACGCCGUCGUCCGCGGCCGCAAGAGCCGUUUCCACUGCCAAUGGCUACCCCCGCAGUCCCGUCAAAGCUCCGUCCCGUGCCUCGGAUCGACCGUCGUCCCGUGUCAGCGCUGAAGACGAUAUACCAUCCGCGAGAACGUCGGAUUUCCGCCGGCCCUCAAGUUCCGGUGAGCUUCAGGAGCUGAGGAAUCAGGUGAAGAAUCUGGAAAAGGAGCUGGUGGAGCGUGAUAAACAGUUAGAGGAGCAGGCCAAUACACUGGCAGACUUCCAGCGCACCCUCGAGGAACUCGAGGGAUCAGAUGCGCUUUCGAUUCGCGCGCAGCUCCGCGAGAAGAACGAGCGCAUCGCGCAGUUGACCGCCGAGUUUGAUCUUCAUCGUGCCGACUUCCGCAGUACCCUCGACACUCUGGAGGUGGCUGCCUCCGAAACCGAACGGGUCUACGAGCAGCGGUUAGACGAGUUGAUGCAACAAAACCGCGAACUACAGGACCGUGGUGAGGAUGUUGAAGCUGUUGCGAGGCAACUCAAACAGCUGGAGGAAUUGGUUUCUGAGCUAGAAGAAGGCUUGGAAGACGCCCGCCGAGGUGAGGCGGAGGCGCGCGCAGAGGUUGAGUUCCUGCGCGGCGAGGUCGAGAGGACGAGGUUGGAGCUUGAUAAGGAACGAGAAAGCACUGCGGCGCGGCUGCAGGAUGCACACGCCACGCCUGACAACCAGCAACAUAUUCGAGAGUUGGAGCAGAAGGAUGAUGAGAUCCGCGGUCUCAAGGCGAUUAUCCAUUCACUCAGCCGCGGUGAACCGAAUAUGCAGGCGCUGCAGCAGAACGGCCUUGCGGGCUCUCAUUCCGAGCACAAUUCCGAACAUUUGGCCCAUUUGGAGGAGCGAGUUCAGGAGUAUGAACGCAUUACGGAGAGAAAGACAUAUCGGAUCGAAGAACUCGAGCGUGAGCUCCAACGACUGCAGGUGAACGGCGGCAGCCGCACUCGCAGCUCCACCGUAAAUACCUCAUACCACAAACCAACUGGCUCUACAGGGAAGGCUGGGGGUCCGACUCCCGGAAGCCACUCUCGUCGGCUGUCAGACCGCACCGUCGUCCCCAGUGACUGGUCAGACAAGCCUGAGGAUGAGGAGCAGUAUCGAGCUUACUCCCCACAACACCGUCGGACAGGAUCUUCGCAGCAACGCCUGGAGACCAUGCACGAAUCCGAUGGCCGUUCCGAUGACGGCGGAUCCUUGUGGUGCGAAAUCUGCGAAACUGGUGGACAUGAUAUUCUAAGCUGCACGAAUAUGUUUGGUGCUGAGCAGAAGAACAAAGGCGCCGAGGCAGAUGGGCCCAGACACGAUACGUCUACCCCCGAAAAAGCCCCCCGCAGACCGUCCCCUGCGCCGGAACCCGCACCCGCAGCCUAUGAACCCGACACGACGCCCCAGAAGACAGGUCGAGAUGAUGUCCUCGACGGACUGAAGAGUGCCACUCAGGGUCUCACGUCGUCUAUGCCUCCUGUGGCCGGUAAAUCUAGCGGCGUCAUCGAUGCGUCGAAGUGGUGUGCCCUGUGCGAGAGGGAUGGCCACGAGAGUAUUGACUGUCCCUUUGAUGAUUAA